GAGAGUCUCUCAGCUAUGGCGGAGGAAGGACAGAACAUCGCUGACCCGGAGUUCGGGUCUUUUCCAAAUCAAACAUUCGCUUCAACCUUAAAAUCAAACUCAAACCACACCAAUUACGUCGUCGAAGACGACGACGACGACUGGGGCGACUUCGUGAACCAUUCCAAUCAGAUCAAUGGUGGAUUUUCAAAACCCUUUGAACCAUUUGGGGUUUCCCCACAUAAACAUGCAAACGACAACAACGGCAUCGCCGUUUUGGCAGAAAAGCCUCGGGGAGCUAUUCCUCUUUCAAUCUUUGGCGAGGAAGAGGAGGAGGAACCUGCUUCUGCCCAUGUUUUCUCCAACAGUGAUGCUGUGAAAAAGGGAUCCGCUACGAACGGGUCCAUUGGAAUCAGUGAUUUGAUUUCGAAUUUGUAUUAUCAGCGCCCACCUCAAAUGAAUUCUGACAAAAACGGAUCAAUUUCGAUAUCGAAUGUUGCUGCUCCCAAUCCAAACGCUGAUGGACUAAUGAACUCGAAUGCAAGCAAUUUGAAUUCAGAUACGGAGGAUGAGGAUGGAUGGGAAUUCAAGUCUGCAGAAUGGGAAACUGGAAUCAAAACCCAGAAUAUUAAGGCUGAAGCGCUAAAUCAUGAUAAUGGUGCACUUGAUGUUGGUGCUACGUUGGAUUCAUCUCCUGGGAUUUCUGAUAAAGCUGGCAAAUGGCACUUGGGGUUUGAGUUCAGUCCAAGUUCUUCAUCACAAGAUCAUAUCGGCCCACAACUAGGUCCGAAAAGUGAGUCUAGUGAAAACGGAACUGGGUUUACUUUGUUCAAUCAAAAUUUUGGAGAGUUGAAGAAUGUAAAUUCAGGGUCAGGAUCAAAUCAAAAUUUGGAAGCACCAAAGAUGGCUGGCAUAUAUCCUACUAAUAUAGAAGUACUCAAAUUUGAUGGUGGAGCUCCCCAUGGCACUGUUGAACCAUCUCUUGCGUCAGAAUCUCAUCAAUCUGAUGAAUGGGACUUUAGCUUUAAUCCCAGUUCUAGUUCUCUGGGUAAAGACAGUCAUAUUUCAGAGUCAUACUUCAAAACCAAAAGCAAACAGGAUGAUAACAACAAAAACAAUGCUUCCCCUACCAAUACAAAUGUUGAUUUGGAUGUCAAUUUGUUUGAAUCGAAGGGUGCCGUUACAGAAAUUGGAACAAAACAUGAGAAGCCCCAAAUAAGCUCAGAGAAUCGAAGGGAAGCCUUGCCUUUGUCAAUUUUUGGUGAUGAGACGCCAGAUACUGAUGAAUAUUCUGUGUCUAAAGAUUUGUCUCCCUACACACCAACAUCCCCAAUAAGGAACAGCUUUAAUAGCCCUGUUUCCAACAUAUCUAUCAAUGACUUGAUAUGGAAUUUAUAUAGUCAAGCUGAAGACAAAACUUCUCCUAAUGUGACGCCAAAAGCAAGUGAAAAUCACAUUCAUGCCUCCCCUGAAGUAUCGGGCUCCAAUUUGGUUUCCGGUGAUGAUGACUUUUGGGACUUUAAGGAUGCUUCACCUGGAACCAGAUUUGCCCAUGAAUCUGCACAAAACACUUCUUUUAAUCAUACACCACGAGUCAACGAAAAUGGGCAGUCUUCUCCAACAGUUUUAAAUUCUGAUUUCAUAAAUGAUGAUGAUGGUUUUGAGGAUGAUUCAUGGGAAUUUAAGGAUGCCAACCCUGGAACAAGAAGUCAAAAUCAGGCAUCUGCUAUUGAUCAUGCACCACAAGUUAAUGAAAAUGGGUUGCAGUCUUCCCAAACUGUUUUAAAUUCUGAUUUGAUCGAUGGUGAUGAUGGUUUUGAGGAUGAUUCAUGGGAAUUUAAAGAUGGCAUCUCUGGAACAAGAAGUCAAGAUCAGUCAUCUGCUAUUGAAAACAGAGAUUUACCAAUGCAGUUAUCAACAGAAUUAGAGCCAAUUGAUUAUAGAGAGUUUUAUAGCAAAUUAAAGGAUGAAUUGUGCAAUGCUGUCCUGUUCCAUCUUCAGAAUCUCAAGAAAGCUCAAUGUGUUGCUGCUCUUUCGGUUGAAGAUGCAACAGCAAAAGCUCUUCAGGAGGAAAUUCAGGAAUUCUCUAAGAUACUGAAUCAGGAUAAAAUGAGCAUCCCCCAUGAAUAUCUCUCGGAAAAUUAUUCACCAAGAAAUGUGCACUUCGAUGAGCUUCGUGAAGUUCUGAAGGAACCUAAGUUCCAACCUCUUGAGUCAGAGUACAAGCUAGCAUCAAGGUUGUCAAUGGCCGAGAAGGAUGUGAAAUCUGCUAUGGAACUUUUGAAAGAUGCAGGAUUGACAUUAAGAAUUCUCAAGUUGAGAUCAAGAGAAGAACAACCUUAUUAUCAUACCAUAUGGUCCAAAAUAGCCUUUGUUUGUUCUCAAGAGCUGAAACAUGGUGCUUAUAUUUGGAAGCAAGCAGUACAAAAGAAUGUCCAUGACCAGAUAUUAUCUAACCCGAAAGGUGUUCAGUAUAUCCACGCACUCGGAGAAAUUUAUAGAGUGGCAAAAAUUAUUGAAACUUCGGCCAAGUUUUACAAACCAUGGAUGUUAUCAGGUUCCCUAGAUCCCACGAGUUUAUUUGCCCUUUUGAAGGACUGUUACAGCACAUGGUUGGGUUCGGGACUUGAAGAAGCUCUUUUCAGUAUAUCAAAUAAUUUUGAGCUAGAUGACAUUUCAAGGGAAUUAAUUAAAUCCAUUAAGUACAUUCAUGAGCUUGAUGAGCAUGCACUUCAGAGCCAUGUAAUCUCUGGAGAAGAAUCUACUUGCCAGUUGUCAGCCUUGCCUGCUGGUUUCGUACCGGGAUUAAAUUUGGUGACAUGGAAUGGGAAGCACUACUUCGUCAAGCUUGCAAACUUGUGGGUCAAUCUAAUAAGUACAGAUCCUCCCAAUAAGUGACACCUGCCAAAUUCAAUUGUCUCUCUUAACAAGGAGACUCUUACAUUAUAUUUUUCAAUGUAUCGAUUUUUUUUUUUCUCUUCAAGAAAAAUCAAAUCAGUAUGAGAUUGUGGUAGGAUCCAUUUUUUUGUUAGUGGGGUGAGGCCUCUGGCUCACUUGCAGCAGCUGUUCAAGUUAAAGGAGAUUGUGCAUGGGUUGAAAAUCAUAUGGUUGCACGGCUGUUGGGUCUGAUCAGGCGAAGUCACUAAUUAAGUAAAUUCUUUCUUCAAUAGGUUACCAUUCUUUCGGGGGAAGCUUUAGAACGAUAACCCGAUGUGACAGGUGUAAGAUGUAUUACUAGUGAUAACGAAGAAUUAUACUACAGAGUGGAAUUCUGGACAAGAUCCAGUUUUGCAGAGGGAAUGAUAUUGCGGAGUUAUCAAAUGUUGUUGUAAAGUAACUGGGAUUCUUCCCUUGACAAUAUUACACAAAAGUUUUUUU